GCCAGAUGGAUCUUAGUUUCUUAAUUCUCAAGAACGAGCGGUAUCUGGUAUGAAGUGGUUGCACGGGCAAGUGUUGCCGUCCAUCGGGUUUUGUCUUGCGGUUCCUUAUUAGCAGCUUUUUGACAACCAGAGUGUUGCCAACCUAGCAGGAGUGACGCGUUUUCAUGCACCAAUUUUCCUACUCUGGUGUUUGCAACCUCCAAUAUGACGACCGAGGCUGAAGAACUGGUCUCGGGAUCCUCUGGCCAAGGAUCGUCUUCUUCCCAACAGACUAGCCCUGAGGGUCUUCUGUCACAGGCCGCCAAAGUUUGGUACUAUUUCCUUAUUCGAGGCAUCAUCUUGUUGCUCUUGGGAGUGGCAUUUCUAUGCUUCCCAGAAGAAACGGUCACCACCGUGACGAUCCUGUUUGGAGUCAUGCUGCUGUUGGAAGGGCUCAACGCGGGUGCACAAAUGUGCGCUCUGUCCAACAGUGACGCGCACAAUCCACUCGGGGGUGCCAUGGCAAUCUUUUACUUUUUCCUCAUGGUCGUGAAUAUAGGAUUGGGCAUUGCGCUCUUUGCGUUUCCCGAUACAACGGCACAAGUGUUACUGAUUCUGGUCGCAGUCUACUUUAUCGCCAUGGGAUGUGUGCAAAUACUCUUUGUUUGUUGCUUGCAGAGUGGCAGUACCGGUCUGCAGCAACAACAACCCGGUGCCCUGAUCUGCAUGCUGUUGGGCGGGGCGCUCUACGUGGCAUUUGGAAUGCUCAUGCUCGAUGAUUUGGAUCACGGAAUCCGAUUCUUUGCAAUCUUUAUUGGACUUGUCCUCAUGAUGUUCGGCAUGCAAAUCAUGUGUUUUGCUUGUUUGCUACGAGCAGCUUCGGGUGCCAUUGACCGUCAGAACGAGUUUGACGAGGAAUUGAAGUUGAAGGAACCUGCCAAGCCGGAUCCAGACACCUCCAGUAGUAAUGGUGUCGAAGCAAGCGAAAUCGUUUAGGAAACUGCAUUUAUUUUUG